AAAAAAAAAAUCCUUCAUCUUUGUCUUAUCCACAAACUAUAAACUAAACAAACAUAAUUGUUCAGAGUAGCAAGCAAGCCAAUACAAUUGUCAAAGAAAACCAAACACGAAAUCAAAUCAAACCAAAACUAACAAAAAAACCAAACAAUAACCUUAAAAGAAAACCAUAACCUUAAAAGAAACAAAUACACACUCAACUGAAAUCCAUGGCAGUUUAGUUCCUUCUGCAGUUUUGAUCAGUUAUGGAUUUGGUGGGACCCACAAUGACCAGAUUGGUCGGGGAUUACAUACUGGGUCCUCGUAUCGGUUCAGGUUCAUUUGCAGUGGUGUGGCGUUCACGUCAUCGAAAUUCAGGUUUGGAGGUAGCAAUUAAGGAAAUUGAUAAGACCCAAUUGAGUUCUAAAGUUAGAGAUAAUCUCAUCAAAGAGAUUUCUAUUCUUAGUACUAUUCAUCAUCCUAAUAUCAUUCAACUCUUUGAAGCUAUUCAGACGAAUGAUAGGAUUUAUCUUGUUUUGGAGUAUUGUGGUGGAGGGGAUCUUUCUGCUUAUAUUCAGCGAUAUGGGAGAGUUUCUGAAUCUGUUGCUAGACAUUUCAUGAGGCAGUUGGCUGCCGGUUUGCAGGUGCUUCAAGAAAAGAACCUCAUACAUAGAGAUUUAAAACCACAGAACUUACUAUUGGCAACUACUUCAGCUACACCACUUAUGAAAAUAGGAGAUUUUGGUUUUGCACGGUCUCUCACACCUCUGCAGUUGGCAGAUACACUAUGUGGUUCACCUUAUUACAUGGCUCCUGAGAUAAUUCAGAGUCAGAAGUAUGAUGCAAAGGCUGAUUUGUGGAGUGUUGGUGCAAUAUUGUAUCAGCUAGUUGUUGGGAAACCUCCAUUUGAUGGAAAUAGUCAAUUGCAGCUUUUUCAAAAUAUAUUGGCAUCUACUGAACUGUACUUUCCACCAACGAUUUUAAAAGAGCUACAUCCUGAUUGCGUGGAUCUUUGCAGAAGCCUUUUACGUCGAGAUCCAGAUGAGAGAUUAACAUUCAAGGCAUUCUUCAGUCACAACUUCCUACAGGAACACAGGUCCAUCGUGAAUAUCGAGCAGUUUCAUUCACAUCAAUCAGAUAGCUCAAUGGUUAAUCAAUUAGUUGGCUCUGCAUUCGAGAAGGAGUCUCAAUCACAUUCCAAGUAUCAUGUUGAGUCAUUUGUAGAUGAUCCAGUGGCAGUCAGUUCAGCGGUCAAUGAAACCAUGCUUUUGCAAAGAAAGGGUGGCAAGAGCACAACUGACACCCAGAGUGCUAAAGGGUUGAAUCCAACUAAUGCACACGAUAAGCCGGGGAAGUCCAUUGAUGUUGAUAUUAAUUUGUCAAACCAAGCUCGAGUUUCACAUUUAAUGGAGUCCAUUGAGAAAGGUUAUGUCCUCAUCAAUCCUCAUUUUACAUCAUCGGAGGAUUUCUCUGACUACUUUGAGGCAUCUGCAUCUGUGCAAGAUAAUCCCUCAAGUGGCGUUUCUAUCUGUCCUUUAAAGGGGACUUCUAACCUAGACAUUGGAAAGCAAACUAAGGAUCCGUCGUCUUCUUCAACUGAUGGGUUAAACAAUUUUAAAAGCAAUGAACUCGAUGCAUUUGUAGCAUCAUGUGAAUUUUCUACGGUAAGGAAAGAGCGGGAAUUUUCUUUACUGUACCCUUCAAACAGGUUAGAGAUGCUGGAUCAGUAUGUGCAAGUCCUUGGUGAACUUUCGCAAGAAAAGUAUAACACGGGAUUAUAUCUAGAAUCGCUUGCGGUUGAGUUGGUGGUUUUGGCUAUAUGGAAGAAAGCUCUAGACAUCUGUAGCACUUGGUCGGUCCCCAUAUCCGAGGGUGAGUUGAAUGGAAGAAGUUCAAUUAACGAGUCCAUAAUUGCCAGUGGAGACGCGAGCUUAUCACAGACUAUGGAACAGAAAAUAAAUUUUAGUGACCAUUCUUCCGUCUCUUUGUGGGCCAAACAUGGAUUUGUCAUUGCAGUCAAUCGUGCUGAGAAACUAUCAUGUCAUAUUCAAAAUAUGGAUGGUGCAGUUGAGAUGCCAGAUGCAAUGGACAUUAUAUUCCAACAAGCACUCCUUGUUGGGACAAAUGCUGCUGUAGAUGAGUAUAUGAAUAACAAAGAUAAGUCUGCUGAAUCUUACUCAAAAGCAAUGCUUCUACUUUCAUUUAUUGUGGGAGAAGCAGAGAACCUUCCACUGAAUCCUCCAUUUUCACUUCUUGCUGAUGAUCAGAAGCGAAUCGUGCAAUAUAUUUGCAACUUGCAGUUUCACAAAAAAUCUUUGACAGAAUCUGCUUCAAGGGAAUCCCAUACUCUUCCGUGAACGUAAAUAAAAAAUAACUGGUUUGUAUAUACAUAAUGUUCUUUGCAUCACAACUUUUGGAAUUGGCGAAGCAGUUUAUUGCCAACUUAUAUGUCGACUUCCUAUUAAUGUGGACAGUGACAACCUUUGACAGAUGCAAUAUUGUAUAUAGAUAUAGACAUACAUAACCACUUGCCAGGACUUUGUAGAGGGACCUUGCCGUUAUUGAAUGAUUUUAUGUAAAUAAUAAUCAUGUUCAUUCUUUGACAUGGAAUUCGCAAAUAGUGUACUGUAUAGCUCAGUUCUACAAUUUUGAAAAAUAGUAUGUUCAUAUCUAA